AUGGAGAAUAAGGUGACCAGACCAAUCACAAAUGAGGAUAUUCUGGGUUUUAUGGCUGAAAUACGGGAGUUGAGAAAGACAGUAGCUGCCCUCAGCCGUAGAAAUACGCAACUUGAAACAUUGCUCACGCAAUGUUCAAGCAUAGGCCGCGCCCCCUCAGGAACAACUUCGACAAAUGAGGAGGCGACAACCGAGAUGGAAGUCGACCUUCAGAUCCAGGGGAAAAACAAAGCAGAUGAAAAAGUCUCAAACGACGAGGAUGACGAGGAAUUCCAACUCGUCAGUAGAAAAAAGAAAAGGAGGACAGAGGCGCCGGUAUCACCCAAACCGGCUGCUGCGGAUGAGAAAAAGACGAGAGUUCCGCCUAUUAUCCUGCGGACCAAGAAAAAUUGGUCGCAGAUAAUACGGUUCCUGAAAGAGUGCGGAAUAAAUAUUCUGAGGAGUCAGAAUAUUAAAAAUGGGGUCAGAAUACAACCCGCUGGAGCCGACGAUUAUCGGAGAAUCACCAAAAUCUUCGACCAGAAAGAUCUCCCGUAUCACUCUUUCUCCCUUCCUGAGGAGAAAGUUCUAAAAGUGGUAUUGAGGGGAAUACCUGAAACGGUUGAGAUGACAACUGUCGAAGAGGACUUGAAGAAACAAGGCUUCCACCCAACGGGAGCCUUUAGGAUGAAAAGCGGCAAAGAAAGAAAGCCAACCCCCCUGGUUCUAGUCCAUUUGCCGCGAGACGAAAGUCGUAUUUACGACAUAAAAACUGCCGCUGAUGUCUGCGUUAAGGUGGAAACAUUACGCAGAAAACCCGGUCUGGGCCAAUGCCAUCGUUGCCAGAAAUUCGGGCAUGCGGCAAAUAGAUGCAACGCACCAAGGAAAUGCGUUGCCUGCGCAGAGGACCACAAUGGAGUGACGAAGUGCCCCAAGGACAAAAAGAGCCCAGCGAAAUGCGCUCUAUGUAAUGGCCCUCAUCCGGCCAAUUACAAGGGAUGCCCCCUCAAUCCCUCAAAGGGAAAUCCGACGGUUUCCCCCUCCAAAGCCGGCCGUCUCGCAGAAAGAUCAGGCCAAACCCAUUUCGGCACCAAAAAGGACGGUUCCUGCCAAAGAAGAGCAGAAACCCGAGAAGAAGACCCCGAAGGAAAAGAAUUCAGCGUUCAAAACGAAGAAGACGGUCAUGAUGAACCAGAUGAUCAAACUUCUGGAAUAGCACUGGAGUACAGAAGGAAGCCAAAAUCUCUGGAGAUAGCCGUCUGGAAUGCAGACGGCAUCACCAAUAAAAAGGACGAGUUCGAAGACUUCUUGAACAGGCAUGAAGUGGAUGUAGCACUGGUGUGUGAAACCCACCUCAAACCAUGCCUCUCUCUGAAAAUCCGCAACUACCAGACCUAUCGUAGGGACCGGAAUGACGACAGAAAAGGUGGAACAGCCAUCUUGAUCAAGAAGUCUAUUGCUCAUUCGGAAAUAGAUCUACCCGAUCUUCAGCAUCUGGAAGCCAACGCAAUAACCAUGUACACCAACUCCGGUGACAUAAGAUUGAUUGCCGCUUAUAAUAGACCGGGCCGAAAACUACUCAAUGACGACUUGAGGCGUGUUUUCGAUCCCAGAACUCCGACACUGAUGGCAGGCGAUCUGAACGCCAAGCAUCCAGCAUGGCAUAGCAGAAUCACAAAUGCUAGUGGAAGAACACUGAACGAUUUUGCGGACAAUAACCAAAAAAUCGUUAUAGAUGCACCGAAUGAGCCAACUCAUUACGGACCGAUAGGUCGCCCGGAUGUAUUGGACAUCGCGAUGUUUAAGAACAUCCCAUUAGUUCAUCGGAUCACAGCCAUAUCUGAGCUGAGUUCCGAUCAUAAUCCUUUUUUGGUUCAUCUUGGAGAUGAAUUCGACGUGGAUCCGCCCAAAACCAAGUCAUGGACAGACUGGCAGGUUUUCAAGGAACAAAUGACGACGAAUAUGGGUCCACUUAGACUCAUAUAUGACUCCAAGGAACUGGACUCAGCCGUCGAGUCCCUCACGAAGAUCAUCAAAACGUCAUUGGACGGUUCAACACGAAUUUCUCCUUUGCUUAGUCAGAAGAACUCGAUCCCAGAAGACAUCAAGGAGCUUAUCAGGGAGAAGCAUAGAGCGAGGCGUAGAGCUCAGAACACACUCAGCCCUGAGGACCGUCGAGUGUUCAAUCAGCUCAACGCUAGAGUCGAGGAGGCUCUCAGAAAGGUCCAGAAUGAUCGUUGGGAAGAGAAAUUAAUCUCUCUUUCCACAGAAGACAACAGUGUUUGGCGGAUGGCCAAAGCACUGCGCUCAGAUAGAAAACCAACCCCACCGAAUCACGGUUUACAAGGAAUGGUAUAUAGUCCAGAAGAAAAGGCUGAAGCUUUCGCGGAUAACCUCUAA